AUGGCACCAAAAAGGAAGAGCACUAAGCAAGCAGAAACAAGUAUACUGAAAAAACAGAAAGAUGAAACCACAGAUUUGUUGUCCUUGGAGGAAGUGAAAUCGCUUGGGGAGGACAUCAAAAAUGCAUCAAAGUUCAAUAAUUUUGUUAUAUUACUUGACCAACUCCAGAGCAUUCAAAAAUUGCUCACUGAGAAAGAAGAUAUAGAGGCAGAAACUCUGGGUCGUCAAAUUGUGCUCAUCGUAUAUGAAAGAUUCGAAGUCUUGUCCAACGAAGGAAUGAUGACAGGAUCUAAAAAGCACAAUGAAAAACAAAGAUUAGUGGUAAACUGGUUGUCAGACAAGUACCAAACUUUCAAGUCAACCAUACUAAAGAUAUUGCUGUCCAAAUUGUUUUACGAAACAUCAUUGCAGUUGGAUGCAAUGGAAGUGUAUUUGAAUCUCAUCAAGUUGGAAUCUCAAGUUUCGGAGAAGCAGUUUCCAAAGAAAACAUAUCAGCAAUUUCUUGAGUCAUUGUUGUAUAACAGUAUUGGCGAGAUUUUAUCUGAUGGGUCAUCGAAUAACUUUAUUGUUCUAGAGUUCAGUGAAAUAUUCAAAAACUACUGGGAUUUGCAAUUCUACUUGUUUGACACUUUAAACGACACCCUUUUGUCAUGGAAAGACAACUUAUCAAACCAAGAGCUUCAAAGAAUAUUCGCAAACGUUGUCACUAUUAUACGAAAUGGAUUGAAGUUUAACCAAGAAGACCUUGAAAACGAACCAACUUUUGUUUCAAAGGAUGUAUUACCUUCAACAAUAUACAAGCACAACAAGUUUAAAUCACAGUUUCAAAAAUGCAUAUUAGCAAUUUUGUCUUACCCGUUGUCCUCACCACAAUACAAAUUAAUUUUAUCAAUUCUACAUAAACGUAUAAUUCCCUAUAUGUCACAACCUCAGGGUUUGAUGGAUUUCUUAACAGACGCGUACAAUUUACAAGAUGACUUGAUUAUUCCUAUAUUGUCACUUAACUCAUUAUACGAAUUGAUGAAAAGCUAUAACUUGGAAUACCCUGAUUUUUACUCAAAAUUGUACUCAUUGUUGAGACCAGAAUUGUUUUACACAAGAUAUAGAUCGAGAUUCUUUCGUUUGUGCGACUUGUUCUUGUCGUCAACUCACUUAUCAGCAAAUUUAGUGGCUUCUUUCAUAAAGAAACUAGCAAGAUUGGCCAUGACAUCCAGUGCCUCGGGUGUGGUCAUCAUCAUCCCAUUCAUCUAUAAUUUACUAAAGAGACACCCAACUUGUAUGAUAAUGUUGCACAAUACAGAUGAAUCCCAGGUAGGAGACCCAUUUGAUAACCUUGAGACAAACCCUUUAAAUACACAAGCCAUUAAGUCAUCACUCUGGGAAUUAGAAACGUUAAUGAGUCACUACCAUCCCAACAUUGCCACAUUGGCUAAAAUUUUUGGGGAGCCAUUUAGAAAGCCAAAUUAUAAUAUGGAGGAUUUUUUGGAUUGGAGUUAUCAGAGCUUGUUGGAAACUGAAAAAACUCGUAGAUACAAAAACCAAGCUGCACUUGAAUUUGAAACUUUUGAUGCUGUUUUGGCGGAAAAAAACAAGGAAGGAGACUACUUAUUGGAAGGCUGGAGUUUAUAG